GGAAGUACAACAGCAAAUGGUAGAUCGCCUUCUGGUGCGAAGAAGAUUUACAGCAAACACUGGUACCUGAAAUCUUCAGUGGAUUAAAACUUCUUUAGCUGAUAUAAAGACUGAUUGGUCAUUCAGCUGACAUGCUCCCAUUAUCUUUACUGAAGACAGCACAGAACCACCCGAUGCUGGUGGAGUUAAAGAAUGGCGAGACAUACAACGGCCAUCUUGUCAGCUGCGACAACUGGAUGAAUAUAAACUUGAGAGAAGUUAUCUGCACUUCACGGGAUGGAGAUAAGUUUUGGAGGAUGCCAGAAUGCUACAUAAGAGGAAGCACCAUUAAAUACUUGCGAAUCCCUGAUGAAAUUAUAGAUAUGGUGAAAGAGGAAGUGGUAUCAAAGGGCCGUGGCCGGGGUGGCAUGCAGCAGAAUAAGCCACAAGGAAAGGGCAGAGGAGGUGGACCUGGAAGAGGAGGCGGACCUGGCAGAGGUGUUUUUGGUGGCCGUGGCAGAGGCAUGCAGGGACCUGGCCGUGGACAGCAACAAGACAAAAAGCCCGGAAAACAACAAGUUUGAUCAUCGGGCAGAAAGAACGAGUUUAAUUUGAAAUGGACGUCCUGGAUCUCUGUGAAGAUUUUAAUUUGGUGAAGUUGAUUUAAAGAUGCUGUUUUAUUUUGUCUUCAGUCAUUCAGUGCAUGUUUUCACAUUUGUUUUUGUGCUUUAAAAUACAACCAUGGUGUAAGAUUGACUUGUCUAUAAUGCACUUGUGAAUAAAAUUUUUUUGUUCAAUACGGCAA